UACUUUAGGACCGCGCGGACACCAUCGCGACUUCUAUUUCUGUGACGUCAGAGCAGUCUGCUGCCGUUAACAGCAGGUCAAGAAAGAUGGCGGCGGAGGAGAGCAGGUUGAAGCAGCAGCGGAAUCACACGAACAGCAUCUUCAAACAAGGUGGCCACGGGUUUAAAUCGGACACAUCCCCGAUGAGGCGUGAGGAGGAGGACGAAGACGACCUGCUGGAGGAGGAAGAGGUGGGCGUGGCCAGGCCGGUGCAGAUCGUGGUGGCGGAUGAGGAGGAGCACUCGUUCUCGCUGCACGAGGAGGCGCUGGAGCGGCUGCUGCUGCAGGAGGAGGUGCAGGACCUCCACGUAGUCGUCGUCUCCGUGGCCGGAGCUUUCCGCAAGGGCAAGUCCUUCCUGCUGGACUUCAUGCUGCGCUUCAUGUACAAACAGUCGGGUUCAUGGGUCGGCAGCGAGGAGGAGCCUCUGACCGGUUUCACCUGGCGAGGCGGCUGUGAGAGGGAGACCACGGGCAUCCUGGCCUGGAGCGAGGUGUUCGUGGUGGAGAAACCAGACGGCUGCAAGGUUGCAGUUCUACUAAUUGACACACAGGGGGCGUUUGACAGCCAGUCUACCAUCAAAGACUGUGCCACGCUGUUCGCCCUGAGCACCAUGACCAGCUCUGUUCAGGUGUACAACUUGUCCCAGAAUGUCCAAGAAGAUGACCUCCAGCACCUCCAGCUCUUCACUGAGUACGGACGACUGGCCAUGGAGGAAGUCUAUGAGAAACCCUUUCAGAGUCUGAUGUUCCUGAUCAGAGACUGGAGUUACCCCUACGAACAUCCGUACGGUCUGGAGGGAGGACAGAGCUUCCUGGAGAAGCGACUGCAGGUGAAGCAGAACCAACAUGAGGAGCUGCAGAACGUCAGGAAACACAUCCACUCCUGCUUCUCCAACAUCGGCUGCUUCCUGCUGCCUCACCCUGGCCUCAAGGUGGCCACCAACCCGCACUUUGACGGACGGCUCAGAGAUAUCGAUGAGGAGUUUAAGAAGGAGCUGGUGAACCUCGUCCCGACGCUGCUCUCUCCAGAAAACCUGGUGGAAAAAGAGAUCGGAGGAGUCAAAAUCACCUGCAGAGACCUGCUGCACUACUUCAAAGCUUACAUGAAGAUCUACCAGGGAGAAGAGCUUCCUCACCCCAAGUCAAUGCUGCAGGCAACAGCUGAAGCUAAUAACCUUGCAGCUGUAGCAGGAGCCAAAGACUUGUACCACAAAAGCAUGGAGCAGGUCUGCGGCGGAGACAAACCCUACAUUUCCCCGGUAGAGCUGGAGCGCCGUCACGGGGAGCUGCGGCAGGCGUCGGUGCGACACUUUCGCUCCGUUAAGAAGAUGGGCGGAGAGGAUUUCUGCCGGCGCUACCAGGAGCAGCUGGAGGCGGAGCUCGACGAGACCUACGCCAACUUCAGCAAGCACAACGAAGGCAAGAACAUCUUCUACGCUGCACGGACGCCCGCCACGCUGUUCGCCGUCAUGUUCGUCAUGUACGUGGUGUCGCUGGUCACGGGCUUCGUGGGUAUCAACUCUGUAGCCACGCUGUGUAACCUGGUGAUGGGCGUGGCUCUGACGGCACUCUGCAUCUGGGGUUAUGCCAAAUACUCUGGAGAGUUCCGCGAGGUCGGAGGAGUCAUCGACCAGGUGGCUGAAACCCUCUGGGAACAGAGGACUCCACGAAAGAUUUUCUCCAAACUCUUCGAAGUGGCUCGGAGUCGAGUCCCGUUGGCAAGCCUGAUCCCGGCGCCGCGACCCCGGCUUGCCUCAAACAACAAUGUCAAGAAGAAAAACUAGCAGCACGCCAUCUCGUUCCCAUCACGUUUAUUCCCCCUCUCCCUCCCUCACUCUCUGCUCGGUUUUGAAACAACGUUUUUUAGGACGGUUUGAGACGUGUAAAUGAGUUUUUGUUCUCUGACUGUAGAUGGAGGUUCCUCGCCGUGCUGGCUGUAGGUUUAAGGACUCGCUGUAGAUCCGGAGGAAGCAGUGUGAUGUAUUUUAUUAUUUGUCAGUGGGCGGGGUUAAGGUAUUUAUUGGUGGGAGGGGCCAUUAUACUAUCACCGAGUGUCAUCCAAGGUGCGUGUUCGCCUGUCGGACGACGACUCAACAUUAAUGAUUCCCAUUUAUGUGAAUGUAUGAAUGAAGAGCAUGACCACAGACCCUCCUCAUGGUUCCCCCUCCUCUCCUCCCUCCGGUCGUCUCCGUCAGGUUGGUUUCUGUCGCUGGGCGGCGUCACGAGGAGGAGUCACAACCAAAGUUUACAGCUUUACUCAUAGGAGGCUCUCAGACUGAGCGGACUGACAAACAGGCAGGAAACUGCAGCUGACGCAACGUUUUUAGGACUUCAACAACGGUUCGGUUUCAGGGAAAUGUUACAGUUUUGCUUACUUCUAACCCAGAAUCACAAACUCAUGGAUGUGUUAAACAGUUAGACUGGUCCAGUCAGCAAACAGGCCUCCAGCUGUGAGGAUGUCAAAAACUCUGCAAACUUGAAUGCUUGUUGAAAUGACAACAAAUCUGUCAGGAGAUCAUUGAGCUUGGAGAUUCAUUCUCGACCACAUAUCUGUGGUAAAUAUUCACUUGGCUCUUCCUGGAGCUUUCAACAAUAUCCCACAGUCUUCUUCAGUGAAUUGAACUUGCUGUCAUCAUGUAACCUCAGUACAGGACUCGUGGGUCAUGUGGGAUACGGUCGAAAGCUCACAGAGUAAAUGUCAGCUUAGCAUUACUCGUUUUUCAUCGGUGGUGUUCUCAUACUUGGUGGUUUUAAUGUCAUUUUUUACAGCGCUGUGGGAGCAGAUAACAGGAUCAGAUGUUCAGUGUGAUUUCAUGUUUUAUAUUUUAAAUACCGACAAUAUAAAUACAGAAAUGACAGCGUGUCGUUAAAUCAGAGUUGAACGGUGUUGGUAGUCGUUUCGAGCUCUUGUGAGUUUGCUAAAAUAUUCUUAAUUUUUUUAAAACCCACAUCAUAUAUAUAUAAACUAUUUUCACUCUGCAUCUUCAGAAACAUUAGUAAACAAAACUAUGUGACACUAAUCGUGAUUCCAACUUGCAUGUGGCUAACAAACCACAGCAGCACCAUCAUUUGAUUUUGAAUCUACUAAUUUAUAAUCAGUACCGGUAUACAGGCUUCAGAUGCUUCUACAUGCUUGACUCUUUCUGCAUAGAGAAAACCUGCAGAUAAAUUAGUUACUGUUCCAAACAAGACGUCCAUGAGUUUGUCCGACUCUGUUAGUAAAAUAAGAUAGAUUUCCCACAAAACCAGCUGGACCUUGAAGUAGCCUGCUAAAUGUUGACUUGAUUAUCUUAUCUUAAUUGUUAUUUUCAGAUUAACAGUAAUGACGUGUUCAUGAUUUUCAGUAUUAAACAUAUUUUUCUUUUUAUUAUUUAAAGGUUCAUAGUUCAGGGAGAUGUUCAGAUUGGAUCUCAUGUCUGGAGUCGGGGGACUAUUAGGAACUAUUUCUUGACGGUUUAUCCUUCCACCGCGGCUCCAACUCAACUAACAUGAGAUCCAAAAAAGGUUAAUACUAUGAACUAUUCCUUAAGCCUUUAAUGAUCUCUGGAUUCAUAUAUUGGGUUAUCAGGCUUCUAAACAUUUAACCUGGUAGUUCAUGAUGAUGAUCCUCUUGAUCUGACUGCCAGAAGUUUCAGAGAAUAAAGCUUUUAAAUUUGUUCCUCCAGUCCAGCUCAGCUGAGACCUUGUAGAUAGUAUUUAAUAAUUGUUAUUUAACUUGAGUGUUAUUCCCUCUCUGUCAUUCCUCCUCUUCAUCUUGACAAAUCUUAAAGACUGAACCACCUCUUCUUGUUUUUAAAGCACUUGAAACCGUUUAGCAAAACACUAAGAAUCAUUUCAUGACCCACAUAGAAUAUGAACACUUUGUUGAGAUGAUGUCCGUGUUUCCGUUUUAAAGCCAAAAUCCGUGAAUCGGAUGAAUGAAAGGUUCAUUCCAAACAUCGACCUCAUCACAUCGUUGUUUUCCUGAAUCCUAUUUUCUUAAUUUAAUCAUCAUUCCAUCCACAACAACAUCACCACUGUGUGCUUUUUGUUUUUGUACAGUUUAGUUUUUUACAGCCUCAUCCACACAUAGGGCAUGUGUAUGAAAUAUAUACAUAUAUAAAUAUAAAUUUUCUAGACCUUUUUGUAGCUGGAAGAACUAGAACUUGGGUGGUAGACCAGAUUCAGCUCACUGGAUGUAAAGGAAUGCUUUCGUGAUUUGUGGAUAUGUCUAAUAAAUUCCUUUUUUAUAUAUAUAUUUGUAAAUUUAAUCUUACAUGAGCACUGCGAUUCCACCCCCUGCUGGCAAAGAAUGUUUAUAAUCUGGAUCUUUUUCUUUUCCUUUCUUUUUUUGUCUUCUGUUGCAUUUUAAAGUUAUUUUCGUUAAUUUAUUUUUCAAUACAAUAUUAAACCAAACUCCUACAACACA